AAGCUUUGAUAUUGAAUAAUAAAAAGAAGGACUUCUUGUUACUUUGAGCUUCUAUAAAUAUUGCAGAAACUCAGCUAAAGAACGCCCCGAUGGAUUUGUUUGAUAGCGAUGAUGAGACGUGUAGUUUAAGCUCCUUCUACACCAUGCCGUCUGAGAGACCUCGCAUGGAUGAAGUUCACGUUCCCAAAGAUUUAAUGUUGGAUCAAUCUCUUGAUGCUCUCUAUGAGAAAAGGAGUUCAACGAGAGAGCAAGCUUUGGCCUCCAUUGUUGACGCAUUCAACAGCGACUUGCAGCAUGAGUUUGUGGAAAAGAACUUUGCCACCUUGUUGCAUCGGUGUUUACACUGCAUCAAGAAAGGGUCCAGUAAGGAGUCCUCACUAGCAUCACAUGUUAUUGGGUUGCUAGCCUUGACUGUUGGACUUGGGGAUCAAGCACAAGAGAUUCUAGAAGAAUCUGUCACUCCUCUUUCUCAAGCCCUUAAAUCUAGUAGUGAAGCCUUGAAAAUAACUUCGAUUCUUGAGUGUUUAGCAGUGAUAACCUUUGUUGGUGGAACUAAUUCAGAACAAACAGAGAGAUCUAUGCAAAUAAUUUGGCAGAUGAUUCACCCUAAACUGGUUUCUAAUGUUGUUGCAACCAAACCUUCACCUCUUGUGAUAACAACCGUUGUCUCUUCAUGGGCGUUUCUACUCACCACAGUUGAUAAAUGGACCCUAGGUCCUAAAAUUUUGCAAGAAACCUUGACUUAUCUCUCCACGCUCUUGGAAAAGGAUGACCGUUCUGUACGUAUAGCUGCUGGUGAAGCGCUUGCUCUUUUAUUUGAGUUGGGAACUCUAGCGAAGUUUGAUGCCAAAGCCAAAGGGUCUGAUAAUGGCUCGGUGAAAGAAGGAAGUGUGUCUCAUGAGGCAUUUGUAAACAUGGAUAGAUUGAUAUCUAAAGUCACUAAUGAAGUUAGAGACCUCGCUAUAGAGGCAAGUGGUAAAGGUUGUGCUAAGAAAGAUCUCAACACACAACGAAGUUUGUUCAAAGAUCUUGUUGAGUUUCUUGAGGGUGGAGUAGCACCUGAAACCUCUACAAAGGUUGGAGGGACCUCUAUAGAGACGUCAACGUGGUGCCAGAUGAUACAGUUGAAUUUUUUGAAGCAUUUCCUUGGGGGUGGCUUUAUUAAGCAUAUGCAGGAGAAUGAGUUCCUUCACGAUGUGUUUAGUUUCACUCCAAAGAAGAUUGGUGGACAUUCUACUAUGAGUAAUGAAGAAAAGAGGUUUUUUCAAUCACCAAACUCAGCUGUCAGCAAAGCAAGGACGCAAUUCAUGAAGAAGCAGAGGAUCUCUAACAAGGAGGUCUUGUUCAUUUAGUAGUUGAUUUGUUUUAAAUCAAUGUUUUCAAAAUCCAGUCUAGUUGGAUCUCUUAUUUGUAAAUGACAAAUUUUCGGUUGUUAUUCGAUAUGAAAAUUCCAGUGUUAUUG